GAACAUUAGAAUGAAUACGUACUAAUCACCGUCACAAAGCCACAUCAUGGAUAAAUAAACACCUCACAGAAAAGAAUUUUGAACGUCCUCCCCUGUCUAUAAGUACUCAUCUUGUACAACCUCAAUGUGCCGCACCACCCUCCACAGCACACAUUAAGCACAAGCACAAGCACAAGCUAGCAAGAGCUGCGUGUAGCUGCGCCAAAGCCACCAUGGUGAAAAUCACCGUAACAAGGAAAUCCCAGUCCUUCGUCGUGCCGGCAUCCGAGCCGGCGCCGCCGUCGGCCGAGACGACGACGCUCGAGCUGUCGGCGAUCGACCGCGUGCCGGGCCUUCGCCACACGGUGCGGUCCCUGCACGUGUUCCACAACAAGAAGCAGUCCUCCACCACCGGCUGCGGCGACGACGACGACGAUGCUGCCAGGCCGGGGGAGGUGAUCCGCGCGGCGCUGUCCCGCGCGCUGGUGGAUUACCGCCCGUUCGCCGGCCGCUUCGUCGGCUCGGUCGCCGCCGGGGAGGCCUGCGUCGAGUGCACCGACGACGGCGCGUGGUUCGUGGAGGCCGUCGCCGACUGCAGCCUCGAGGACGUGAAUGGCCUCGACUACCCGCUCAUGGUCUCCGAGGAAGAGCUGCUGCCCGCUCCAGAGGAAGGCGUUGACCCUACAAGUAUUCCGGUCAUGAUGCAGGUUACAGAAUUUGCAUGUGGAGGAUUUGUGGUCGGGCUGGUAGCAGUCCACACACUUGCAGAUGGGCUGGGUGCAGCCCAAUUCAUCAACGCAAUUUCUGAGUUUGCUCGUGGAAUGGAGAAGCCCACAGUAGCACCCAUAUGGGCUCGGGCUUUAAUACCGAACCCACCCAAACUGCUUCCUGGGGCACCACCAUCCUUCCAUUCCUUCGGGUUCCAACACUUCACCAUGGAUGUGACCUCUGACCUCAUUGCCAAUGUUAAGACCCAGUACCAUCAGGCCACAGGACAGUACUGUUCCACCUUUGAUGUUGCCAUCGCCAAGGUUUGGCAAGCAAGAACCAAGGCACUCAGGUACAACUUGGAGUCCCAAGUUCAUGUCUGCUUCUUCGCCAACACCCGCCACCUCCUCACUCAGGUGCUGCCUAAGAAUGGGGGCUUCUAUGGUAACUGCUUCUAUCCAGUUUCUGUGACGGCUACUGCUGAGGAGGUUGUCACUGCUGGGUUGCUUGAUGUGAUAAGGAUGAUAAGGAAUGGGAAGGCUAGGCUUCCCCUGGAGUUUUCCAAGUGGGCAGCAGGGGAUGCGAGUGUGGAUCCAUACCAGUUGACAUUUGAGCACAAUGUGUUGUUUGUGUCUGAUUGGACAAGGCUUGGGUUCUUUGAGGUUGACUAUGGGUGGGGUGCACCAAACCAUAUUGUACCAUUCACUUAUGCAGACUACAUGGCAGUGGCGGUUCUUGGGGCUCCACCUUCACCGAAGAAGGGAACUCGCAUCAUGACGCAGUGUGUGGAGGAGAAGCAUCUCAUGGACUUCAAGGAUGAGAUGAAGACCUUCUUUUAGGGGCUUGUCAUGUAUCUUUAGUGUGCCUAUGCUAUGUGUCUCUGUUUAUGUAUAUGAUCGAUCAGAAUAAAAUUGUUGUUGACCAGUUUCUGUCAUAAGAAAUGUAACAUUACUGUCUGCAGAGUUAUAUUAAGCCAUGAUUCAUAUAUA